UGUCAAAAACUGUGACAUUGACUUUUGACGGGAAGGUGUUUCUCGUUCUCGUAUUUGCGUUUAUUUGUUGAUAUUUUCAGGAUUAUCCUGAUAAAAUGGCUGUAUGUGUAGCUGUUAUUGGAAAAGACAAUGCUCCUUUGUACAUUGGCGGAAUUGGAAAUGAUACAAGCACUGAUAAUGAAUUAUCAAGGCAGUGGUUGGUUCAUACUGCUUUGGAUGCAUUAGAAGAAAGACUAGUAUCUAGCAAUACUACUAAUACAAAUUCAGCUACAAAUACUACUCGUACAGACUUAAGAGAUCUAUAUCUUGGGUUACUAUAUUCUACAGAUUCUCAUAAAAUAUACGGUUAUGUAACAAAUACGCGUAUUAAACUUGUCUUAGUAACAAGUUCUACAUCGCCAAGUGGGAGCAACAUAAGAGAUGCUGAAGUGCGAACUGCCUUACGAAGGCUGCACGCUUUAUAUGCUGAUGCCAUUUGCAAUCCUUUCCAUUUACCUGGCGAUCAAAUAACUUCCCCAAAAUUCGACAAACAAGUUAAAAGUUUAAUGCUGAAUAAUGUGUAAACCAGUGAUUCUUUAUGAUGUAUUUCUUUUAUAUUAUAUGUCAAGGUUAUAUUUUAAGUAUUAUUAUUCCAUUAAAUUCCAAUUUUAUCCUUGAAUAACUAAGGACUAUUUAUUUUGUGGCUAAUAAAAACAUGAAACAUUAUAC